GAAAAGAGAAUGAGCUGGAGGGAGUAUCUGAGAAAACAGUAGUAGAUAUUGAUAAUAUUUAUUACAUAUUUAUAUGAAUAGAAAGGAGAGGAUUUGGGUGGAUUAAUUUUUUAGAUCACUUAUAAUUUUAUUUUGUUUUAUAGCCUUUUUAUAAUAGAUUUUUAUUUUUAUGAUCUAUUCAUUUUAUAAAUGACCAAAAAAAUCUUAAUUUUCUGGAGAAUUAAGAGAAGCAAAAUUUGACAAGACGAAACAUGUGUGACAAAACCUUUUGAUUUUCCUUUUAAUUUUGGUGAUUCUUUGCCUUAAACACACACCCAAAUCCAACAUCCCCACUAGUUCAAAAUCUUUUCUUCAUCUUCCCAAGAAAUUCCAAGAAUCUCUCUUUUCCUUUAAAUACCCCCACCAAUUAUAUAUAUAUUGCCUUUUUUCUCUACACAAUUUGAUUCUUCUUCUUCUUCUUAUCCUUAUUUGUGUGUUAAUAAUUCUGCCAAAGGACAAGAAUGGAUUUUUAUUCUUAUUCUUCUUCUUCUUCAAGUAGAAUGGGGAAAUCUUGUCCUGCUCAUGAAGAACCUCAUGUUCUGGCUGUCGAUGACAAUCUUGUUGAUAGAAAACUUGUCGAAAAAUUACUCAAGAAAUCCUCUUGCAAAGUGACUACGGCAGAAAAUGGUCUGAGGGCCUUGGAGUACUUAGGAUUGGGAGCUGAUCAGGAGCACUCUACAAAUAACAAUGGUUCAAAGGUUAAUAUGAUAAUAACAGAUUAUUGCAUGCCAGGAAUGACUGGUUAUGAGUUGCUUAAGAAAAUAAAGGAAUCGUCGAUUUUGAAGGAUGUACCGGUUGUUAUUAUGUCAUCUGAGAAUAUCCCAACUCGAAUUGAUCAAUGCAUGGAAGAAGGGGCUCAGAUGUUCAUGUUGAAGCCUCUCAAACACUCUGAUGUCAAGAGAUUACGAUGUCAACUCAUGCAAUGCCAAUGAUAAAUUGAAGUUGUGAAAUAGUUUGCAUUAGAAGGGGGAAACUGAUUCAGUCUUGUGUAUUUUUUUUUUUUGUUGUGUUGGGUGCUAACUAAUUUGUAAGGUUGACUGUUGUUACUUUAUAUAGUUAUUUAAUAUUAAAGAUAGUAUGUGAAAAAUGUAAUAUAACUCUCUUGAUUUAUUAAAUGUUUGAAAGUUAUGAGGAUUCUCAGAAUGAUAAA